AUGGCCUCUUCACAAGAUGAUGUUAAAAAACAAGAAAUCAACACUGAAGGUAAGGGCAUACCUUAAAAUACCUAAUCACCCCCACAUAAGCAUCCCAGAAUUAGAGCUGCGUCUUUUAAAUGAUGUUGGGCAGGCUCAUAGACCUGUCAACACCGAUGUUAAUAGACCUUGCGGUUUAUUGCUUUGCCCCAAUAGUCACGUUUUCAUGCUGGUUAUAUUUCUUCGUGUUUUGAGUAAAAAAAAAACAUGGAUAAGCUUGUGAUUGGCCCCAAGAUCAAAGAAAAACGUAUCCAUGCACAAAACGUGGUGGCACCAGCCUUGCCAAAACAUGAAAAUGAGACCAUUGGGGAAACACAUAAUAAACGGUAAGGUCUUGUCUGGUUUAUUAUGUAAACUAAGGAACUUCUUCUAACAGGCACAAGCCCUUACAUGCUGGAUACUAACAUGGUUACCGUUUUUAGGUGCACUAAUUCAGCAUAUAUGUAAAUUCUUUUUCGUCAUUUUUAGAUACUCCCUUGAUGCUGAUGGGAUAAUCUCUAUUUUGAAAUGAAGCUACAAAUUGAAGAUAAGACAUACAGAACUGUGUUCUUCCCCAGAAAAACAUAACAAAUAUAAGGCCAGAUAUGAAUCCUCUUCACCUGUUAAACUUUCUAAGUAUCAAUUGAAGAGGAAUAAUUGGACAGCAGAAGACGAAAUCCAUCUAAACAAAUGGAGAAGAUUGGAGGAACCAAACGCUGUCGAUGUCAACUUCGACAUUCAAGAACAGCCAUGCCAGGACGAUAUAAAACCGGGUUUAACAAAUGUAACAUCUGUAGUUGCUGGAGAAACGAAUAUGCAAGUGAAUGUUAAUGGCAGAAUAUCAUUCCAGGGCACUAUCAAAACAAUCCUAACAAAGGGAAAGCUCCUCCAGAAGCAAGAUGCUCUAUUUACAGAUAACACAGGAACAGUGAGACUUGUGUUAUGGGAAAAGGAUAUAGACCGUGUCACUUCUGGUUCUUCCUACAAACUUUCCAAUGUGAUGGUUCGUGAAUAUGACCAGUCCAAAUAUCUAAGUUUAAGCAAGAAGUCCAUCAUCGAGCAAGUUACCAACAUAGUUGAAAGAAAAGAUUAA